GACGUGUUGUUGAUAGUUAUUGAGUGAUAUUUCGUUUGUCCAGCAGUUUCCGCAUUGCUUUCUGUUUACUUUUCAAUGAGUCAAUGAGGUUGUGCUAAAUACAGCCAAACACACAUAUCCCAUUAAAGAUGUCUUAUAAACCAGUAACACAUGUGCUUUUUGAUAUGGACGGUUUGUUAUUGGAUACAGAGAGGUUGUACACAGUCUCGUUCCAAGAAAUCUGUGACAGGUUCAAUAAGAAGUACACAUGGGAAGUGAAGUCCUCUGUGAUGGGCAAGAAGGCUCUGGAUGCUGCCAGGAUCAUCAGAGACAAACUGGAACUUCCUAUGACACCCGAGGAGCUCCUGGAGGAGAGCAGGAAAAUUCAGGAGCAAUUAUUCCCCACAGCGUCUCUAAUGCCAGGCAUAAAGAAGCUUGUCAGUCAUCUUCACAAGCACGGCAUUCCUAUUGCUGUGGCCACAAGUUCAGCAGGCCUGACUUUUGAGAUGAAGACCAGCUGUCAUAAAGACUUCUUUAGCCUCUUCACACACAUUGUACUUGGAGAUGAUCCAGAAGUAAAAAGUGGCAAACCACAACCAGACAUCUUUUUGGUGUGUGCCGAGAGAUUCUGUCCCCCAGUAAACCCUGAACAGUGUCUGGUAUUUGAAGACGCUCCAAAUGGGGUAAAGGCAGGCCUGGCAGCUGGGAUGCAGGUGGUGAUGAUCCCAGAUGAUAAUCUGGACCGCAGCUUGACGCAGGAGGCCACUUUGGUGCUCAGAAGCAUGGAAGAUUUCAGACCCGAAUUAUUUGGUCUGCCAGCUUACCAAUGACAGAAAUCAA